CAAUAUGGCGCAGUGCAAUCCACCAGAUAUCCAACCAGCUCAGCCAGAAAGUAAAAGCUUCGAUGAUUUUCUGUUUAAAAUAGAGACAGAAACGGAGGCAGAGGUAAAUAAUUUCUUGUCGCGCUGUAUAAUAACGGAUAACGAGAAUCCAGAGAAUCCUCUUCUGAAGCAACUUGAAAACGCUCUCCAGAAGAGGAAUGUUAUUGAAGUAUGGAAACUGAUAGUCGAGACCAAGGAGCAACAUGAGGAUGCCAUACUUGAAGGCCUAAGCGAUGUGUGGAGAUCCAUCGCGGAAGAGGAGAACAUUAAAGAGGAUGGGUGCUCUUGGAAAUGUGUCUUUCGUUUUUCUUGUGGGAAACUGUGUGCCUUGUUCCGCUCAAUAAUAUAUAUUGAGGACGAUAGCGAUCAAAAGGAAGGAAUACCAAGCGAAAAAGAACAGACUUGGAUCAGAGUACUGAGCAACCCGCUGUAUAUUAGUCUAGAAUAUCUCUGGAGAAUGAAUCCCAAGUCAAACCAACAAACAAACCCAGAAACAAACAAACGAACCAGACGCACAGGAAGUAAGUCAACAGACGUAAUUGAAGCAGCCCUUGACGAUUCUUACCUUCUUGAGAAAGUGGCCGCGUAUGAACAUCACUACAGCCGAGAUGAAUACUUGGGUCGUGCAAAGGAAUAUGAACAAUUUGCCGUUGAUAUCAUCGAGCAAGCCGGUGCCUCACAGCUUUAUAAAAUCAUUGAUAUCGAAGGAAAAGGACCAUUACUAAAUGAGACGCCGAAAGAUUUUAUUCAAAGUCUCAGUCUGUUAAAGAAAGCAGCAGAUAAACAGCGGAAGUUGUUCGUGGCGAGUCCCAAGUGCCAGUAUAUUCUCAAUGAGAUCAUUUAUCUUGGCUGGCGAAAGCGGCAGGAUGAAGGAUUCAUGACAAAAGCUAUAUUGUUUCUUGUUCAAUUUCUUCUUGUCUCCCUCACCAGUAUAGUAUACAUUCCUCUACGACUGAUUCGCAGAUGCCGCUGUCGUGGGCAAUUUGAGGACAGAUGCUUCUGGAAAUUUAGGAAACUUUACGAACAUCCCUAUUCAAAGUUCAUCAACCAGACGAUGUCUUACGUGCUGUUCCUUUGCUUAGUCUUCGCCUCGUCUUAUCAGGAUGAGUUUAAGAUAACACGAGAAGGUCCUGAGAUGGUGACAAUUGACUACGCUGUUCUUGCCUUCGUAUUUGGUCUACUUCUGCAGGAGUUAAACGAGCUCUGCAGGCAGGGCAUCUUUAAUUACUUUUCAAAAUGGUGGAAUGUUGUUGCCACAGUCAUUGUCUUCACAUUUCUGUCGUCCUACAAAAUCUGGGUGGGUGCAUGGGGAUCUUACGGAGGGUGGAAACCUGAGAAACAAGCGUUCAUCGUGGCUGACGCCAUUUAUGCCAGUGGCUCUGUGGUGGCAUUUUUCCACUUGGCGCACAUUUUCCAAGUCCAUUCAACGCUGGGUCCCUUGCAACUGUCCCUCUAUAAAAUGUUGAAAGAUGUCCUCAAGUUUCUUGGCAUCUUCCUUCUUCUUUAUAUAGCAUUCACUACGGGCGUGGCCAAGAUUUACUCGUACUAUGACGCCUCUCAGAAAGAGCUGCAUAAACAGAACGCCACCAGUCAUCCCCAGGUGUCUCAUCCAUAUGCAAUACACACAAAAACCUUCCUCGAAAUGUUCUGGCUGUUGCUUGGUCUCGUGGAAGAAGACAAAAUCUCGGUUAAGGAUCCCGCUUUUUCCCUCACCUCCACCUUUGGCCACCUUUUUGUUAUUGCCCAUGUGAUUUGUACAGUCAUUGUAGCUUUGAACAUGCUGAUCGCAAUGAUGAACAACUCUUUCAACAGGAUCAUGGAAAACGCAGAUGUGGAGUGGAAGUUUACAAGGACUCAGAUGUGGUUGGAAUGGAUCGAUAGAAUAAAUAAUGUUCCCGUGCCGUUCAACCUCUUGUACUUCAUACUGCGCUGUUUAUUUCCAGAAUGCUUUAAAAAGUGUUGCUGCGAAGGUAGACAAACUGACGUGGAGCAGGGAAAUGGUGACGGUGUUGCAGACGUUGAGCAGGGAAAUGGUGACAGUGUUGCAGAUUGCCCGUCAUCAGAGGAGGGACAAAAUGGCGCGGAUCAGAGAAGAAGACACGCAUCUCAGUAUUAUCUCAUAAAACAACAAGGGGAAAAUGACCAAGCAAAUCGCUUUAAAGCAUUCUGGGAGAAAAUAAAAGAGUGUAAAUGCUGCAGAGACCCCCAAUCACCAAAUGAGAAACGUAUUGAAGAAAUGAAAAAACUAGUCGUGGAGUAUCUAAAGAAACGUUACACAGCGAGAUGGGACGAGCUGGUAGCAACUACCCGAUUGUAACACAGGUGGAAGAAGCACAUCGUAUUGCAAGAUGAGACAGCUUCAUUGGAUAGCUCACACAAAUAUACUCAUCUAGGAUAAAUAGUCUAAAAUGAAACACAGAUAGUCCUGCCGCCUACUGAGGAACGUUCCGCAGACAUUGAGCUGCUUUAUGGUCUCAGCCUACUUAAUAGAGCGAUUCAAGCUUGCCUCGCUUGCAAAUAACUAUUUUUCGAGUUCACAGCAGUUUAUUUCUCGAGCCACUUACCAGUAGAGGAGGCUUCAGUCUGUUUCAGGAUGCGUUACCUAGCUGGCAUAUUCCAAUUGUUUCUCAAACCGCAUAGGGUAUGGACAGCAAAGGCCAAGACUCAAUACAAGAGCAAUUUAAAAGUAGGGUGUCCUUAUUUCCAUAUAGUCAACCGAGACAAGCAACCAAAAAACAUUCAGCUGAGAAAUUUUCCACGCAAUUUGUUUUGUAGAGUUUCCUCUUAGGGUAGGGAGACUUAAAUAUCAAAGAGCGAGUCCUUAGCAAUUACCAUUUGGCCGCAGUGCGUUUAGAACAAAGGUAGUUUUGAAUCUGAAAUACAGAAGUACGUGUUAGCCAAGAAGAAAUUUUAUCACUGAUCUGACAGUAGUUGACCGAUAAUGAUAAAAACUUCUUGAAACGUUGACGGACAUGCAAAUUUCCUUCACAGUCUGUUUUGUUGUCUGUCUUUUGGAGGGUCACUCUUUCCGGUCGGUGGAAGCGGUCGGAUUCUAUUUGUAUGUAUCCGUUGCCGGUGUAAUUUGCAAUUGAACAAAAAAGCGGUCAACCAUUAAUAGUGUUGCAUAGUAUCAACUUGGAUUUUUUUAGCUAUCACGAAGAGUUUCCUAACAUUGACUGUCUUGUAUAGUUCAGUGUCAGAUACUUCGAAAUUGAAAUUCAUUUCUUGAAA